AUGACUGUCCACUUAUUCGGUGCUACCUCAUCGCCGGGAUGUGCCAACUUCGCCCUUAAAACUACUGCGGACCAGUAUGAAGAAACCUGCGGCAGUGCAGCGGCAGACUUUAUUCGAAGAAAUUUCUACGUGAAUGACGGACUGAAAGCAGUACCACCCGUAGAACAAGCCAAAGAGCUGAUCAAGAAUACCAAGUCCCUAUGUCAGAAAGGUGGCUUUCGGCUCCACAAGUUCACUUCAAACAGCAGAGAAGUUGCGAACUCCGUUCCAGAAGAAGAUCGAGCAACAGACUCGAAAGACUAUCGCCUCAUCAGUAACUAUACCGCUGUCGAACGUGCUCUGGGCGUCCAUUGGUGCAUAGAAUCUGACACGCUCCAGUUCAGGAUCAUAAUGCAAGAUAAACCCCCUACACGAAGAGGAAUCCUUUCAACAGUCAGCUCAGUGUUCGACCCUCUCGGCCUGGUCGCUCCAUUCAUCUUGGGAGGCAAGCAAAUUUUGCAGGAGCUGUGCCGUGACGGUAUCGGCUGGGAUGACGAGGUCCCUGACAAGUUAAAAUCGGAAUGGGAGAAGUGGAGAGCUGAACUUCCUGCUUUAGAAAAGCUCAGAGUACCAAGAUGUCACAAGCCUCAAGACUUCGACGAAGUUAAGAACGCAGAGCUGCACCACUUUUCGGACGCAUGUCAGAACGGAUACGGGCAGUGUUCCUACAUCCGACUGGUCUGUGAGGAGAAUCGUGUUCAUUGCUCCCUCGUAAUGGGAAAGUCACGCGUAACACCCCUUAAGCCAGUGACCAUACCUAGACUAGAACUAACGGCCGCUGUCGUCUCAUCGAAGAUCAGUUGCAUGCUGCGGAAGGAGCUGGAUUACACACAGAUGAAAGAAGUCUUCUGGACCGAUAGUAAAACAGUCUUAGGGUACAUCAACAAUUACGCCAGAAGGUUCCAUGUGUUCAUUGGCAAUCGCGUGCAGGAAAUACGCGAGCGAACAUCCCCCAAUCAGUGGCAUUACGUGGGAACAAAAUCCAACCCCGCAGACAUCGCCUCCCGUGGUACUAGUGCCCAAGAGCUAAUCGACAACACCUUGUGGGGGAAUGGACCGAACUUCCUCAUGAACUAUCCUGAAGACUGGAGCUCUGUUGAUGACGUUCCUUCCAUCCCUCCUGAGGAUCCUGAAGUUAAGAAAGUCUCUGUGAGAGCUACCCAGACUCAAGAGCCGAAGCUAUCAUCUCUGCAAGAACGUCUAACGUAUUUCUCCAGCUGGCACCGAGCAAAGAAGGCAAUCGCGGUGUGUCUCCGACUUCAGCAAAGAUUCCGAAAGUUAGCUAUCAGCGACUCCCGAUCCGAGAGAAAGAACGCAAGGAGACAAGAAGGAAUCGCCACCUACAAGCCAGUUGAUGCCCAAGAGCUGAAAUAUGCUGAACAGCAAAUCAUCAAGAUAGUGCAGAACGAAGCGUUCCGAGAUGAAGUUCAGCUACUCAAAGAUGUCAAGACCAAACAACAAGCCGUCGACUAA